CUUUAAAAUAUUCAUAGCCGAUUGUUUAAAUAAUGGGGUACUUAAAGUCAAUCGGUACCGUAAUAAUAUAUGUUAGUUUCUUCUUAGCUGUCAUUACCUUUUUACCAGGUAUACCCCCAGAAGCAGAAUAUUCCGAAUAUAGUAUGAAACUUCCUUGGGAUUUACAAACACUAAAAUCUGUAACAAGGAUUCGACUACAAGAUCCUGAAAUAUUAUUCUCUGGAAAAAUCAAAGGUCCAGAAGCUUUUGCAUCGUUUAAUGGAGAAAUAUAUACUGGUAUACGUGGUGGUUAUGUUGUGCAAAUUGAAGAAAAUCGAAUUAAGCCUAUUGUAAAGUUUGGACAAAAGUGUGAUGGGUUGUGGCAAGAACAAAAAUGUGGUAGACCUUUGGGUCUAAAAUUUAAUGAUAAGGGAGAACUGUUUGUUGCUGAUAGUUACUAUGGUAUUUUCAAAGUAAAUGUUAAUACACGACAGUACAUAAAUAUAAUCAACAGUUCUGAACCUAUUGAUGGAAAGAUUCCAAGAGUGGUCAAUUCAUUAGAUAUUGCAAAAAAUGGAGAUAUUUAUUGGACAGAUUCAUCUAUAGAUUUUCCACUUCAUGAUUCAACCUAUGCAUUCUUAGCUAAUCCGUCAGGAAGGCUUAUUCGAUAUAAUGCCGCAACAAAAAAAAAUGAAGUAUUAGUAAAAAAUAUAGGAUUUGCAAAUGGUGUCUUACUAAGUGAUGAUGAAAGCUUUCUGAUUGUACUAAGUAGUCUUAAUUCGUGCAUUAUUAAAUAUAAUAUAAAAGGUUCAAAAGCUGGACAAAAAGAAAUCUUUGCAGAAGGUUUACCUGGUCUACCUGACAAUGUACAUAGUGAUGGGCAAGGAGGCUUUCUAGUAACUUUUAUUUUUACUGUAGAUCCUGAACAUCCUCUUUUAGCUCAAUCUCUGAUACCACAUCCACAUAUACGGAAAAUGUUAUCAAGACUACUUUAUUCAAUAGAAGCUCCAUUUAAAUUAUUGCAAGAUAUUUAUCCAAAUUACUAUUCGGAAAGAGUUUUAUAUACAGUAGGUUCAUUUGAACUUUCAAGAAAUAUAUUAUUAAAGAGUGAUUCAAUAAUACUUAGGAUGGAUAAAACAGGAAAAAUUUUGAAUGUUUUAUACUCAGAAGAUACAGAUAUUACUGAAAUUUCUAGCGCUUAUAUACAUAAUGGAUAUUUAUGGUUUGGUUCUCCUUGGAAGGAAUAUAUUAUGAGGGUCCCAUUGAAGCAAGCAUUCCCAGAUUUAGCACUUAAUACGAAACCUUCAGCUAAGAAGGAGCAAAAACAGGAAGAACCGCUUUUAACAGUUUCAGCUACACCAAAUAUUAAAGUAGAGGCAAAAUCGACAAAAUCAACUGUUAAAAAAGAAGCAACUACAAAACUACCUCCGAAAUCAACUGUUAAAGCACAAACAACACAAAAACCAAAUUCAGAUGCAACAAGACCAAAGGAGACCAUACAGAAGUCUACAACAUCACAACCUACUACCACCAGUUCCACUACCACUCCAAAACCAACAACAUCAUCACCCAAAGCAUCUGAAAAAUAUUCAAAGGAAAUUAAGAAAGAUAAAUCCAAUUCACAAGUUAAACCUGAAACAUCACAACAAAGCAAUGAAGCAAGAAUAAAAACAAAAUCUGAAGAUUCUGUCAAAAAAAAUGAUCAUGAAACUCAGACUGCAAAAUCCAAACCUAUGAAAAAAAAUGAAGAUUCUACUAAAAAAUAAACCAAUGUGUACAAGUUGAAACAUCAGUCCAAAUUUAAAUUAAUACUCAUUGUAUUAUUCUAUUCCAUGUUAAAAGUUCUACAUAUUCCAAACAUAUCGAUUUAAUUGUUAGGUUUUAUGAAAUUAUAACGUAUAUAUUUCAUACACAUUUCAUUCUUUUACCGGUGUAGGAUUUAGCUUUUACUUAUACUUUCUAAACAAUGUUCCAAAAAAGGUGAUAUUUAAAGAAUUCUUUUAUUUUAUUAUAUAUUAGUUUUCAUAUGUCAGAUCUGUAUAUAAGAUUAGGAAUGGUGUUGUUUCUGUAAAACAUUCCAUAUUAUGAUAUAUAUACUAAUAUAAUAUUUAAUAUAAACACAUACAUAUAUACUGAUGUAUAUAUAUGUAUGUGUAUGUAUGCAUUUUGUAAAUUCUGAUUUUAUUUAACUGCAUAAUGAAGAUAAGGUCCAAAUAAAAAGAAAAGAGAAUCCAUUUUGUUAUAGGCAGUUAUAUUGUUUUGAUAUGAAUUAACAUUCCAGAACAAAUUGUAUAAUAAAACUAUUAAAAUAAUUGUUCUAUAAAUAAAAUAAUUUAUAUUAGAGAUCACAUUUGCUUAUAAAUUACACAUUUAAUUAAAAUGUUUUCUGUGAUUAUAAAGAUAUCAUGUGUGAAUCUUCCAUUAAAUUUUUAAUUUCUAUUUUUGUAUGUAAUCUAGGAUAUUUUUCUACUUCGAGUAUAAUACAUAUUAUACACAAUAUAUGUUUGAAAAUAACAAUAAUGCAUUACUGAUGCAAAAUGUUUGCAGAUAUAUAUUUGUCUUUAACUGGGUAUUAUAUAUGCAGAUUAAUUUUGGACAUAAAUGGUGUUAAACAAUGUUCUUAAUUUUAUAUAGAAUUUGGUAAGGUUGUAUAACUGAUAUAAAAAUAAAUGUUUGCUUUUUUAAA